CCAAAGUUGUAGUCGGUCUUAAGAACCUCAUCAAGAAAUGGCAAAAGCCGUUUCUGCAUUAGCAAUCUUACUCGGCUUCUGCUUUGCAGUGAGCACGGUGAAUGCCUUCGUGGCUUCUGGCUGGACUAAAGCUCAUGCCACAUUUUACGGUGGCAGUGAUGCUUCUGGAACCAUGGGUGGAGCUUGUGGGUAUGGGGACUUGUAUUCCACUGGCUAUGGAACAAGGACUGCUGCUUUAAGUACUGCCUUGUUCAACAAUGGGGCUUCAUGUGGACAAUGCUACAAGAUCAUGUGCGAUUAUCAUACAGACCCCAGAUGGUGCAUAAAAGGAACAUCCGUCACCAUCACCGCCACAAACUUUUGCCCUCCUAACUUUGCUCUCCCAAACAAUGCCGGAGGCUGGUGCAACCCUCCUCUCCAGCACUUCGAUAUGGCUCAGCCGGCCUGGGAAAAGAUCGGUAUCUACAGAGGCGGCAUCGUCCCCGUUUUGUUCCAAAGAGUCCCAUGCAAGAAGCAUGGUGGAGUAAGGUUCACUGUCAACGGGAGAGACUAUUUUGAGCUUGUUUUGAUUAGCAAUGUUGGUGGGGCAGGAUCUGUCCAAUCCGUGUCCAUCAAGGGCUCCAAAACUGGGUGGAUGGCAAUGUCUAGGAACUGGGGGGCUAACUGGCAAUCCAAUGCCUAUCUCAAUGGUCAAUCAUUGUCGUUCAAGGUCACCACUACCGAUGGAGUGACUCGAAUAUUUAACGACAUCGUACCGGAAAAUUGGGGGUUUGGCCAAACUUUCUCUAGCAAAAUACAAUUCUAAGGUUACUAAAGGGCCUUAAGAGGAGUUGAGGAUUUUGGGUCUAGUUCCAGGCAGAGGCGUGCUUAUUAUUUUACAAAAAGCUGCCCGCCAUACAUGGGAUAUAUAGGAUGAGAUGAAGUGAAUCCUCGAACUCAAGGCUGCUACGUUAUAUUUUUAUGCUUUUUGAUAUACAGAACUGGGACGAUGUCUGAAGUUAUUUUUAAGAUCAUAGUUAAACUGUCAAUAAGAAGCUCAAUAAAACAUUGCAGCUUCACCAUUUU